UAUUCUCCCUUUGUUGACUAAGUCAAUAAUCAGAAUCAGCAGGUUUGGAGUCAGAUUGGCAGGGAUCAGCAGCCUGCCUUGGGAGGAGGGGGUAUAAAAGCCCCUUCACCAAGAGAAGUCAUCGUAGAGAUCUGCUGGCUCCUGACAGGAUGGCUUCCCUUCGCCUAUUCCUCCUCUGCCUCGCUGGACUGAUAUUUGUGUCUGAAGCUGGCCCUGGGGGUGCUGGAGAAUCCAAGUGUCCUCUGAUGGUCAAAGUCCUGGAUGCUGUCCGAGGCAGCCCUGCUGUCGAUGUGGCCGUGAAAGUGUUCAAAAAGGCUGCAGACGGAACCUGGGAGCCGUUUGCCUCUGGGAAGACCGCUGAGUCCGGAGAGCUGCACGGACUCACCACAGAUGAGAAGUUCACGGAAGGGGUGUACAGGGUAGAACUGGACACCAAAUCGUACUGGAAGGCUCUUGGCAUUUCCCCAUUCCAUGAAUACGCAGAGGUGGUUUUCACAGCCAACGACUCUGGUCAUCGCCACUACACCAUCGCAGCCCUGCUCAGCCCGUACUCCUACAGCACCACCGCUGUCGUCAGCAACCCCCAGAACUGAGGGACCCAGCCCAGGAGGACCAGGAUCUUGCCAAAGCAGUCGCUUCCCAUUUGUAUUGAAACAGGGUUCUUGCUCUAUAAACCGUGUUAGCAACUCGGGAAGAUGCCGUGAAACGUUCUUAUUAAACCACCUUUAUUUCAUUCAAA